AACCCGGAAGUAAACUCCAAAACUGUUUGUAACCACAUGGAAGAUCGAGAGCAGAAAUAUUCAAACAAGUUGUUUGAUUAACGUUGCACUCUUGAACACUCAGCAUAGUAACACUUCUCCACCCGGAUAACAGCAGUGCUGGCUUCUAAAGGCUGCUGGACUCUCCUGACUGAUGGGUGUGGACAAAGACACAGGAGGAAGAAACCUUCUCCAGCUGCAGCCAGGAGACAAUCACGAUGGACCCGUCCAACCAGAAGCACUUCACAGUCGUAGACUAUGUGAUAUUCGCCGUCUUGCUUGCUGCCUCCAUGGCCAUCGGCCUGUACUACGCCCUGUCGGGCGGGCGUCAGCGCACCACGCAGGAGUUCCUGAUGGCCGACAGGAGCAUGCACUGUCUUCCUGUUUCUCUGUCGCUCAUCGCCUCAUUCCAGUCCGCUGUGGCGAUCAUAGGUGUACCGGGAGAGAUCUACACCCAUGGUACCCAGUACUGGUUCAUCGGCUGUUCCUACAUUCUGGGUCUCCUCAUUCCAGCUCAUGUUUUCAUUCCAGUGUUGUACAGACUGCGGGUCUCCAGUGCUUAUCAGUAUCUUGAGCUGCGCUUCAGCAAAGCAGUACGAAUCUGUGGAACUUUGACCUUCAUCUGUCAGAUGGUUAUCUAUAUGGGAGUCUGUGUGUAUACUCCUGCCUUUGCACUAAAUGCAGUUACUGGAUUUGAAUUAUGGGGAACAGUGCUGGCCACUGGCCUUGUGUGCACAUUGUACACAACAAUGGGUGGUUUGAAGGCUGUGAUCUGGACGGAUGUCUUUCAGACUGUUGUGAUGUUUGCAGGGCAGCUGGCUGUCAUCAUGGUGGGGGUGCAGCGAACUGGAGGGGUGUCUGAAGUUUGGAGGAAAGUCUGGGAGGGAAACCGCAUAUCUGGUCUGGACUUAAACCCAGAUCCUACAGAGAGACACACUUUCUGGACUCUGGGGGUCGGUGGGAUCUUCCUCAUGCUGUCUCUGUACGGAGUCAACCAGGCUCAGGUCCAAAGAUAUCUCAGCUCGCGCACAGAGAAGGAGGCUGUCAGGUCGUGCUACAUGGUGUUUCCCUCCCUGCAGUUGGCUCUGGCUCUCAGCUGUGUGAUGGGACUGGUCAUGUUUGCACGUUACUGCGGAGAAGAUCCCUCCGACAAGCUGGGCACCUCCUCGAGGGAUGCAAUGGUGAUAUACUUUGUGAUGGAUAUGCUGCAGGGUCUGCCUGGACUGCCUGGACUGUUUGUUGCUUGUUUAUUCAGUGCUGCUCUCAGCACCAUCUCCUCUGCCUUUAACUCUUUGGCCACUGUGACAAUGGAAGACCUCAUCAAACCAUAUUUCCCUGCCAUGUCAGAGUCCAGAGCAACCCUGCUGUCCAAAGCCUUAGCUGCGUCCUACGGGCUGCUGUGUCUGGCCAUGGCCUAUCUCACUCACCUCAUGGGUGACUCAGUUCUACAGGUGGCUUUAAAAAUCUUCGGGAUGGUCGGUGGUCCUAUUCUCGGUCUGUUUUCUCUCGGGAUGUUCUUCCCCUGGGCCAACUCCACUGGAGCGGUGGCAGGUCUGGGCACCGGCCUGGCUGUAGCUUUCUGGGUCGGCAUCGGCAGCAUCUUCACUCGUAGCUCCGGCGCGAGGCCGCUGCCUCCUGACUGCACAGCCAUCCUCAACACGACCACCGCCAUUCACACUGCACUCAGCAACGUCACUCUGAGCCGACCCACUGGACUGAAGAGGUUUUAUUCAUUGUCUUACAUGUGGUACAGUGCAUUUAACUGCUUCACAGUCAUUCUUAUAGGCCUGAUCAUCAGCUUUCUCACAGGCCCUAUGAAAGAAGAGGAUGUAACACCAGGAACAAUCUAUCCCCUGUUAGGGAAACUCCUUUGUUUUCUGCCUGAACACCUCAAAAAGAAGCUCUGCUGUGUGACUCCUCUGGGACAGACACUUUCAUCACACCAAAUGCAGCCUGCACAACACAAAGAAAACAACGGGUUGGGUUUCCAACAGGAGGACGGACUAUCACAGGAAGAGGCCGAGAGUUUUCUUCCUGAUGGUCACACACCUUCUGUGGAGCAUGAAACAACAGUGUGAUAUCGCAGCCUCUCAUUUCAGGCUAUAGAACGGUUAAAGCCUCUUUACACAGAGCACUUGGACAAAAAAUAUGUUUGUAUACUGUUGACUUUAGGAUGAAGGAUGUGAUUCAUAUUUGCACUGUCAGAUGCUGCAGCGAGGUUGAAACUAAAGAAUGUCAACCAAUGUCAACACUAGUCAACAAUUUUUUUUUUUUUUAAAUUUCUGUUUACUGGCAUCUGCAGCUGAGCCCAUCACUGUCUUGUAGAUAAUCACGGUUGAUUUACAUACGGUAUUUGUCAGCUUCAGGAGCAUGAUCUCUGAUUCACAUUCAGUUGAGUCCUUGCAUGUAAAAAUACUGCACUACACUGCUAAAGAUGUUUCAUCCUGGUAUUUACCACUGUAUAUACUUGACUGUUUAGCACUACUGCAGCUGUACGAGAGGUCCUGUGUCAUACUGUUGUUAGAUGAUAGUGCCUCACUUUUUAAGAAUGUACGAGUGAAUUCUGACUGUAAUGUAAUGUUGUAAACCCUUUUCUUAAAGGGAUUAAAGAUUUUGUAGUUAACCUUU